AUGUCGAUGUCUACUAGCUUCGCGAGCCCUCCGCGCGCCAUCCUCGUCAUCGGCUACCGUAUCGCGACAUGGGCCAUCCGCAUGGCCAACACGCACCCAUCUGCGCGCCUUACCGCGACAGACAUCCACCCACCCCAUCUAGCCCCCCCAGUGCCCCCAAACUUCCACUUCGUGCCUUUCAACGCCAAUGACGCCCACUGGCUGCUCCCUCCCGCCGUCUUCGACUUCAUCCACGGCCGCAUGAUCACCUCCGGAAUCCACGACUGGUCUCGCUUCCUUGCGAACUGCCACCAUUACCUCGCGCCCGGCGGUCAUCUCGAGCUCCUCGAUGUAACCCACCCCUUUCGCGCAGAGAAACCCACUGCCGACGACGAGGCCACGUCAGCCUUCAUUCGAUUCGGGUACGCGACUGAGCACGCCUGGGUGCUCCGUGGCAUCAACUACCGCGCAACGGCCACCCACGGCUCGCAGCUCGCUGGCCUGGGGUUCGAAGACGUGCAGGACGAGCUCGUGAAGUGGCUGUUGGGCGAGUGGGCGUCUUCCUCCCGGGAGCAGGAAAUGGGGAGGCUGAAUAAGGGCAAUUUAGAGCAUUUUCUGCGCUCCGCGGGCGUCGCUCUCCUGGGUCCGCAGAAUCAGGACAUGGUAGACGAUAUCUUGCGGGAUUUGGAAACGAAUGCUGACUCGAAUAGGCAUUAUCUGGCAAUGAAUGUCGUUGCGGAACAGACCAGCUGUAUUGGACGCCUUGUGAGACCGGAUGACGGAGAGCGGCAGGACCAGCAGCAACAGAAACAGCAGCAGCCGCAGGAUCAGCAUCCUCGCGGAGGUCUCCCACCUAGGCGAACAUGCCAUCGAAUAUCCACCCUAGAGGGUGCAGCAGAGCUGAUGUUCACACUUCCCAAGAUUAACCCAUCAGCCCCAGCCGACGCCCCUGUCUACCACUUCUCCAUCCAUGGCAUUAUGCAGUCAUACGUGCAGAUUCGUGCGGAGAACCAGCCGCAGGACCCUGCCUUCUUUAUACAGGUGACAGGAAUCAUAGGCUCGUAUGAAUUGGGGACUUUUGUGUCCAGAUCCCCCUCACUGCCCACGGCCGUACGGCUGCAGCCUGCUAAACAUCACCUAUCAUAUAGUCCCGGGAUAAUUAGCUCGAGCGAUCCCAACCUAUUACUUGUAGCAAUAAUGUAA